AUGGCACGAGCUAUCUUGGUGCUGCUGUUGAUGACUGUUGUCCUUGCUGUGGCAGCUCUGGUCGUGUUGAUGGUUUUGUUGACAGCUAUUGCCAUGGCUCUGUUGUUGAUGGCAGCUUUGGUCGUGUUGAUGGUUUUGCUGACAGCUAUCGCCAUGGCUCUGUUGUUGAUGGCAGCUCUCAUCAUGUUGUUGAUCUUUGUGGCUGCUACCAUCAUGGCUCUCUUGAUGGCAGCUGUCGUCGUGCUGAUGGUUCAUGUGGCAGCUACCAUUGUCAUGACCAUGACCGCUUUGAUCCCAGCUAUGAUGCGAACCAUCGUCAUGUUGGUUAUGGCUAUGGCUACCGUCGUGCGAGUCCCAGCUGCCGUCGUCAUAAUCAUCAUGACCCUGACCAUCAUGUCCAUGGUGCCAUUGACCAUCGUCUCCUUGUUCAUCAUAGUGAUGAUGGUGCCCAUCGUCGUCGCAUCCCUCAUCAUAGCCCUCUUCAUACUCAUCGAAGGCACCUUCAACGGCCUCAGCGCCCUCAUGAAUGCCGUGUUCAACGGCAUGUGCGCCAUCCUCCAAGCCGUCUUCAGCGGCGUCGCCGAGAUCAUGAAGACCAUGCCCCAGAUCAUGGAAUCCCUGGUCGGCGAGGCUUUCAAUGUGGUGCAAAGCCAUUGUGAAGAUUUUGAUAAUGCCAAGGACCGAGUGAAAGAAGUAUAA